UGUGAACAUUACGAAUAACAAUCUGAACCCGGCUUAAUGUCGGGGAAUAACCUAGCUUUAUGCGCAUGUGGAUUAUGCGAUGUGCAUAUAAAAAUUAUUUUAAUCGACAGCAUUUAUUAACAUUUUUAAUUUACCAAAAUUAAUUAUUUUUCUUUAAAAUGGCAUCAAAUGAAAGAGAUGUUAACAACGUAAAUUUGAAAAAUGUAUGUGUCGUACAAAGAGGGAAAAAAUAUUAUUAUCCUAAAUCUAUUCCCCAGGAACGAAGUUCUUUGUCUAAUUACAUUUGUUUAUUUAUUAGUUUUGGAUUAUUUGUAGUGGAUAUCCUCACCAAUGAAAAUAAAGUAGCAACUGUUUUUGCUAUGUACUUAUUAGGAGUAUUAGUGAGCGUCAGUUUACAACUUUUGUAUCGAAUCGUUCUGGUAAAGGAAGAAUUCCGUCAUCUUACUUCACGAUAUGGGGGAUGUGUCAGUAAUUUACUGAAAAAUGCUUUCUACUUUCCUACAAAAGUUUGGAUAGCACUCGCUUUUUCUGUAUUUUAUGCUGUGUAUUAUUGUUGCACUAACAAUGUUACUGAACUGCCAUUCAACUUUAAAAACAUUGCAUUUUUGAUACCAAGUAUUUACUUUCUGACUUCUCAGUUGAGUUUGGAGACUAGUUCUCUCAAUGAUUCUCUAUGGAUUGCUAAAGACAAUGGUUUAGAUUAUGGUUCAGGAAUGGCUUACUCAUUUUUCCAUGGUUAUUUGAACUUGGUUCUUCCAAAAACAGGAACGGAAGAGAAAAAUUUGAAAGAGUUGAUGGAAGAUUAUGAGGCUGAAAAUCGUAUUUUGUUUGCUGCUUAUAAGUUAUUUAUUUUAAUUCCCAAAUCUUUAGAAUGUUUUGUUAGUUUAAAAAAUGAACAUUCACCUUCUGUGGAUGAAAGUCAAUCACUGCCUGUAAAAGAAAUAACAGUAGCUGGGGUUCAGAAAAGGGUAUACAAGAAUGCGGUUUACAAGAUCAAUACUGGAAGGUUGGAUGAAAAAAUUUAUGUAAGUGCGGAGUAUGCUACUCCUCUCAGAACAUUUUUGGAAGUUGUUAAACACACUGGAAGACACACAGAAUACUAUGACAAACAUAAGAAUGAUAUCAUUCUGCAGUUUUAUUUAACUUUGAAACAAAUUCUGAAAAGAACCGGACUCGACGAAUUUUGUGAACUUAUAUAUUACGAAGAUUAUCCCCAAAAUACGGAGGCAAACAGUACCCCUUAUUAUGACGUUGGUAAAAUAAUUUUGACAAGAAUAAAGGAACUUAAAAAAUAUCAGCGUGAGAAGAUCGAAUAAACAUUUUGUUUAUUAUAUGUAUCACCAAUUUCUACUACUAUGGAACUAUUCUAUUAUACAGGGCGUUAAUUAAGUAUGUACAAUAAAUUUAUCAGACAAUU